AUGGAUGCUUUCUUGACGAAGCUGGUCCUGUCCCUGCUGCUGCUGGGUGUCUUCUGGCAGACCCACGCAGCACCGGCUUCAUUGAAGCCACGAGAGGACAUUGAAAUGCAAGAUCUGGGUGUCAAGCGGCUGACAAUAGACAAGUCAUGCUCAGGCGAUACUGAGACCCAGCUCAACACGGCAAUCAACCAGGCCAUGGAGGUGGCCAAAGAUGGCGUCUCGACCAUCGACUGGAUCGUGGAUGGGUUCGAGGAGAGCUCGGACAAAGAGAAGAAACGUCGGAUCGGUAUGCCCAUGAACACCAUGAUGGGCAAUGCUAUUCUCCGUGGCGUGAGUGGGCCACGAAGCCGGAGUGCCAAGGAGGUGCAGGAAGGCAUCUUAAGCCGAGUGUCCGCGGAACGAAACAAUCCCGUGGUAAUCCACUGCAGCAUGGAUUUCCUGAAGACGGAAGACCCCGAGGGCAACAAAUCCCCGCCCUGUGCCGACGAACAGCCCAGACGAAAAUAUCGAUGGAACGCGGCCAACUACCAGUGGGUUUCCUUCACGGGGAAACUGUGCACCUCGACCAGCGCAGCAUUUGUGAUGCGCGGCAACGGUGACCGGCCGGACCAGUUGGUUAUGUGUCCGUAUGGGCUGAAAAGUCUGGCCAACGACAAGUUCCUCAAGGACAUCAAGGAGGACCAGAGCAAGGUCGAGGGUGAGUUCAUCGACAUGCUGACCUCGUCGCCGCCGCUCUGGAUGCUGCAGACGCUACUGAUGACGCGCGGCGUCGGCCAGAAGAGAUUGAUUGAACAUGUUGAUCUCGGCAAUGGCAAGCUGGCAAAUGGGUGGGAAGGUGUGCGCACCUUGGUGUCCAAGGCAAUCAAUUACCCCGGGAAGGCUGUUCGCAACGUGGAUAACAUCGCCUAUCUGGCGGUUGCAUGGUAUCUGGAUAAGUGGAACUGGGGUCCCGGUAAGGCCACUGAUCCCAGUGUCGCCAAACCGCGUGUGUUGGCGGCCGAUCACUUCGAGAAGAAUUAUGGCAAAGGAAAGACCCCGGAGGAGGUGGAUAUCGCUGAUGUUCGACCGGAGGAUUGA